AUGGCAGCAAGGACUAUCCAAGCAUGCAUUGUCAACCAUACAUUUGCAAGCCAAUACAAUUGCCCAGACAACAUUGCAGAACUCCUUUGCCCAACCUUCCCUGAGGAAGAAGUUGUUGAAGUAGUUGAGACUCUCAGCAUGAACCCAAUCCAGAGGGGGGACAUACAGAGUCAACAGCAGGAAAAUCAAGUUCAGUACAAGAAGGGCACAGCAAGUACACAAGGCACAGCCCAGCCUGCCUUGACACAGCAUUGCAGUUCAAUGGUGCAUGAUCUUUGGGAGAGAAUGUUUCAGGUGCUGUUCACUUCCACCAGCCAACAGCAGGAGGACACAACUGUGUGCUCCAGGCACCACAAGAGGACAGCUGAGGACUACAAUGCAAUGUUGGCAUGGGGCUGGUUGGCCAGGCAAUGUGGUCAAUUGACCACAUCUUUUCCACCCUAG